UAACUUAUACGCGUUAUGCCCCGCACCGUCGGAUCGAGGUCAUCGAGAGAAACGGAAGAUGGGGGACCCAUCAGAUCAGACGGCUCACAGCGCGAGAAGUUGGGAGCAGGCCAUUUGAUCUCUUUUUCUAGCCGUCCGAUCUUUGCUGGGGGCCCACUUGGUUUACCAAAGAAUAAAAUGGAGAGAGGUGGUUCCCAGGGUUUAGUUGUUUAUCUGCAACCCCAGAGAAAGGAACAACCGAGGCAUCGGUGGCGAUUGCGGGCGGCGGAGGCAGCAAUGGAUUCUCCGGCGAUAGAAGACGUGGGCGGCGCAGGCGCGAGUAGUGGCGCAGCGGGAAGCAGCUACGGCGGCGGAGGGGGAGGAGGACAGGUGCACCGUCUUAUCGCGCCGAAACGGGAGCCCAUGGCGUUCCUGGGGAUCGGCGCGCUGCCUAUCAUUCGGCGGCCCGCGCCGAGGACUAAGGACCGGCACACCAAGGUGGAGGGGAGGGGGCGGCGGAUCCGGAUGCCAGCCGCCUGCGCUGCUCGGAUCUUCCAGCUAACACGAGAGCUAGGGCACAAAUCGGACGGCGAGACCAUCCGGUGGUUACUCCAGCACGCGGAGCCGGCCAUCAUAGCGGCCACGGGGACCGGAACCGUCCCGGCCAUAGCCACUGUGGUCGACGGUGCGAUCAAAAUCCCCACAGAGGCUCCUUCCUCGUCCUCAUCGGCGGGCCUGGCAUCUACCUCCGGGGACGAGGAGUCCGCCGCGAAGCGGCGGAAGAAGCUUCAGCCAACGCGAGCGUCGGUCGGGUCCACCGCAUCCGCGCUCGCCCCGGUCGCCGCGUUCUAUCCGGUCCAAGACCCUCUGCUACAAGGUGGAGGUGCUGUCUCCAUAUCGACGGGGUUGGCGCCGAUCUCUCCGACCGGGGUGGUGCCGAUGUGGGCAGUGGGCGGCACGGCCGCUGCGUCCAGCGGAGUGAGGUUGCUACCACCGGGAGCGCUGUGGAUGAUGCCGCAGGCGACUGGGGAGGCGUCCGGACAGGCGCAGAUAUGGGCGUUCCCUCCCGCCUCGCAGUUCAUCAACCUCGCCGGAACGCCUCCCGUUGCCGCGACGUAUCCAGGCGGUUUGGUCGCCUGCAGCAACACAGAAGGGAGGAAGCAAGAGUUGCAUCUGAUGGGAGGGACCCCGCCGGAGGCGGAGGAAGACGAGUCGGAGGCGCCGUCGGAGUCGGAGGAGGACGAGGUCUAGGUUUUCGUCGUUUUCCCCAAUUUAAUUUCGUCCCUAAUUAAACUCGGAUGCAAAAAUCCGCCUAUGUUUUUUUUUUUGCCGCUUGGGAAGGCGCGCACGUGCGCUCGUGAGAGAGCGGAAUGUAAUUUUCAAUUCAUUGAAUAUUUUUCUGCAUUAUUAACUUCA